CCCUCCACCCAACCAACCAACUCCUCGUCAUCCUCAUCACCUCCCCACCUCCCGAGAGAGAAGAGAAGCGCCGCCUAGCUAUAUAAACCCGCCCGACUUCACCUCCCCACUCUAGGACGCACGCCGCACCACACGUGAGCUGCCAAGCUUCUACGGUGGAUACAUACACCGAUCGGGUCGAGCACCAGAACCAGCCAUGGGGCGGUCGCCGUGCUGCGAGAAGGCGCACACGAACAAGGGCGCGUGGACGCGGGAGGAGGACGAGCGGCUGGUGGCCCACGUGCGCGCGCACGGGGAAGGCUGCUGGCGCUCGCUGCCGGGCGCGGCCGGCCUGCUGCGCUGCGGCAAGAGCUGCCGCCUCCGCUGGAUCAACUACCUCCGCCCGGACCUCAAGCGCGGCAACUUCAGCCGCGACGAGGACGACCUCAUCGUCAAGCUCCACGCCGUCCUCGGCAACAAGUGGUCGCUCAUCGCCGCCAGGCUGCCCGGCAGGACGGACAACGAGAUCAAGAACUACUGGAACACGCACAUCCGGAGGAAGCUCCUCGGGAAAGGGAUCGACCCCGUCACGCACCGCCCCGUCGCCACGCCCACCGCCGUGUCCUUCGCGCAGGCUGUACUCCCUGAGGCGCCCAAGCCGCCGCCGCAGCUAGUUCUGUCCCCGCCGGCGCCGACGACCGCGACCCCUGCCCCGAAGGAGGAGCAGGCGGAGAGCAAGCCGCCCAGGUGCCCGGACCUCAACCUGGACCUCUGCAUCAGCCUCCCGUUCCAACAGGAGGAGAUACGUCCGCUGCCACCGCCGGCUAGAACGCACGCCAAGCCCGUGAAGAUGGAGCAGGUGCAGGGCGGUGGCGCCCUCUGCUUCCGCUGCAGCCUGGGCCGACCUGCCGAGUGCGUCUGCAGCAGCAACUUCCUCGGCCUCAGGGCCGGCAUGCUGGACUUCAGAAGCCUUCCCAUGAAGUGAAACUAGCCAACAAGGAUUACGAUCCAUCACACGACCUCCGCGCGCUGUAAAUUGUUACUGCUGCCAACUUCUUAGUUUUUAGUCUAGUAGGAAAGAAAAUACAGGGUGAGGAGGAGGAGGAGGCGAAUCAUGCAUGGGCGAGGAUCCGUAGCUCGAUCCUCCCUGCUCUCCUUCGACGACUUGCCCCCAUUUUGUGUAAAAUAUUUACUGCCCCGCUUAUGUCAAGGAUGAAAUAAUAACAAUCGAUGAUCCGUGCAAA